CGUCUCUUUGAGUUGAGUUGUCCCUUUCGCACUUAAAUACGGCGGUUUAAUCUCAAUUUUAUGUUAUCAAACAAGCAUUUUUGCUGUUAUUAUUGCAAAAAUUACCAACUCGAUCAUAUUUAUCUUAUUUUCUUCACAAUAAAGCAUUAAUCUAUUGGAAAAAUGAUGUCUAAUGGGUGCGGCGUACCUCUGUUUACUAUAGUUACUUUUAUUUCCAAAUAUUUAAACAAUAUCACGUCUCAGCGUAUUUCAUGCGCGUUUUAGUGCAAUUACAUAGUGAACAAAUAAAAAUGGACAAGAAAAACAAAAAGAAAACUGUGAUAAAGCGGAAAAGUGACGAUCCUGGGGAAAGCGACAAGAAAAAAAUUAUGGUUAGCCGUGCGAAGACUGACGAGGAAAAAGACAAAGUGGAGGUUGUGAAUCAAGUUGUAGAGGUGCCGGUGGAGCAGGGGCAGCAGAUAGUGCAUACUGGGCAGCUGGUGGAAGGGAAUUUCGAGCAGCCAGUGUUCGUUAACAUGAAAGGUGAACCUGUGCAACUCGGGCCCAAUACAGUGAUACUUUAUGAGCAAAGCGGGAACCCCUCGAACUUUGCGUUUGGUGGUAUGUGGACUAUGGAUUCGUCGGGCCGCAUAGUAAUGGCGGAGACGAUUUAUGAUGUGAAAGGGGAGCCAGAAGAGGAAGGAACCACAUUUGUACAGGGUACACCUGAAGUUAGCAAUCAACAAGUAGAAGAACAGCCGAACACGUAUCAGCAGUAUGAGAUGAGCAACAACCAGCAAACCGUUGAAACACCACAGGAGUAUGAGGUGGCCAUCAUUGAGAAUCCGCCUACGGAGAAUGCUGAAAGCGCUGAGCCUUCAGUGAUCACAACAGAAGAACAACUAGUUGCUGCAGGAACCGGCGCGGUCCGUUGGCUCAACCAGAAAUAUGACUUUGUUGUGAGGAAACUCCAGCUUAAUUAUGAUGCUGGAGUGAAACUUCUCCACUCGCCAUCGGGUUGCAUUCAGUGCGUGUACCUCACGACUCCCAGCAUGCAAAUGGCCUUCAACGCGGUUCCUCAGUUCCUCUGCAUCGAGACAGGCAUCGAGUUCAACAGUACCAUCCCAACAGUGGGCGGUACAUCUAGCCCCAGCGUGAAGCAUAACGUCACCCUAUUCUUAGCAGAAGAUGGAAACGGGAAGUCUGUCAUUGUGAGCGCAGGCAUAUCGGCGUUGAUAGGCGACGAUUUGACUUGGCUGCUCGACACUUUCAAGUCGUGCAACCCAGCCUGGAGGCAAGUGCGUUGCGUCGUGGCAGACCCUACUAAAUGUCAGCAGUCUGUCCGCGCGGCGUUCCCGUCGUCCCACGUGACGUGCUCCGUGUGGCAGGCCGCCCGCGCCUGCGCGCGCCUCGCGCACCUCGCCGCGCGCCGCGACGACGCUUCUCUGUCGCCGGACGACGUCGCCGCCAGGACCAAGACCUAUGCUCUGGCGCUGUUGAGGGGGGAACACACACCGGCUCAACUACAGGUGUUAAAACGUGGCAUCAUCGGCACAGGAGCUGGUACCCUUCGCUUAUGGGAGUCUCUGACUCGACCGGGGGGAGCCAUAGCCAAGCUUGAUUCUUGGCUCGAACCUGAUAACUAUACUAAUAUACUGCACAAGGGUCUAGAGCGGCUUGUGACAAAGUUCCAAACUCUGGUCCGGAGUCAGAUGCAGCCAGACGAGUUUGUCUCUCUGUUCUUCAAUGUGGCUAACCAGCUGGAAGACGAGCGACGAAGCUUUGCAGUCAGCAGACUCAGGGAUACGGAGACCCUGAAACAGUCGCCCACCGACACCAUAACGCAGUACGCGUAUAACCUGAUGUCUCACCAGACCAAAAUAGCGCAGAAAUGUCUCGACGACCGGGCUGGCAGACACAGCAGCGUAGCCAUUUGCAAGUACGGCACUUCCACCCAAGAGUGUUCCUGUCUCUUCAGCAAGGUCUUCAGACUGCCGUGCAGACAUAUUCUCAUGUUGACUACUGAACUAAAGGUGAAGACACACAUCCCGUUCGAGCCUCGCUGGACGGUGCAGCAUUGCCUUUUUGGCUGCGAGAGCGCCGCGCCGCAGCCCGCAGCGGGCGGUAACUACAUGGAGCAAGUUGUGGUAGAAGCUGACGCCACGCACCGACAGCCGGUGCAGCAACAGCAAAUACAUCAGGUGGGCGGCGUGCGGCAGCAGUACGUGCUGGCGGCGCCCGGCGCGCAGCAGAGCCCGCAGGUGCAGCAGGUGAUAUUCUGCGGCGGCGGCGUAGCAGUGAGCGCGGCAUCGCCCGCCAUCACCACGACACUGCCGCUCGCACAAGCAGUCCUGGCCCCACACCAACUGCAUCAGUAACAUAUAACUACGCUACACAAACAACAACCAUACACAAGAUACAUAAACACACGCCUGUUUUCAGAAAAGGGGUAAACAGAGCACAAACUCAAGUUUCAAUACCACUCUGAAGUUGAAAGAGAAAGAAAUUGUGAUGUCGCAGUAAUAGGACUAUUGUCCCGGAUUUCUAAGAACCUCUUUUUGGCACAUGACAGCGCCGACAUAACGUAAACUCGCGCAACCUAAUGAAAUUUAAAAUAAAAUCCUGUAAUAAUAUUUAAAAAAAUCAAGUACUUAAAAACAAUAUUUCGCUUACUUUAAACAUAAUUUAACACAUAUUACAU